GCUCGCAGUCCGGCCUUCUCCUCUCGAUCGCUAGGGUUUGAGAUUUUAGCCGCCGCUCCUCACUCCCUCGUCAAGUCACAGCUGCCGUAGUCCUCGCCGGAUCCGAUGGCCGUGACGUUCUCCGACCUCCACACCGCCGACGGGCUCAAGGCCCUUGAGGCGCACCUCGCCGGCAAGACCUACGUCUCCGGAGAUGCGAUCAGCAAGGACGACAUUAAGGUGUUCGCAGCGGUGCCAUCGAAGCCGGGAGCUGAGUCCCCCAAUGCUGCCCGCUGGUAUGAGACCGUCUCCGCGGCCGUUGCCUCAAGGUUCCCUGGCAAGGCUAUUGGCGUGAAUCUGCCUGGAGCGGGAUCGGCUCCUGCAGCAGCUGCUCCUGCCGCUGAGGCUGCCAAGGAUGAUGAUGAUGAUCUGGAUCUUUUCGGGGAUGAGACUGAGGAGGACAAGAAGGCUGCAGAGGAGCGUGUGGCUGCCAAGGCCUCUACCAAGAAGAAAGAAAGUGGAAAAUCAUCUGUCCUGCUGGAUGUGAAGCCGUGGGAUGAUGAAACUGACAUGAAGAAGCUUGAGGAGGCUGUUCGCAGUGUUCAGAUGGAGGGUCUCACCUGGGGAGCAUCAAAGCUUGUGCCUGUUGGUUACGGUAUCAAGAAGAUGACGGUAAUGAUGACCAUUGUGGACGACCUUGUGUCUGUGGACAGUCUCAUUGAGGAUUACCUCACUGUAGAGCCCAUCAACGAAUAUGUUCAAAGCUGCGACAUUGUUGCCUUCAAUAAGAUCUAGGAGCCCAAUCGAUCAUGCAUUUUGCUGCUGUGGUCAUGGGACUGGAGUUGGUUGCAACAGCGGGCGAUAAAGUUUAUCCUGGGAAGUGAGCUUAUCCCAUUUAGUUAAUCUACUAUAGAAACGCCGGCCGGUCUGAGUUUAUUGUCGAGUGAUGCCAGAUUUUUGAAUGCCCAUUUAUCUUUAAGUGGUUGAACUGCUGGGCGAUGUGAAUGGCGAAACAUGUGUUCAUUUCCUCUC